GGUUUCCCCAUAAAUAAAUACACCUGUUGUGGUACGAAAAAAAAAGAAAAAAAAGAAGCGAGCGUGAACUUCGAGGAACUUCGGGUUUGGCUCUCUCGUCUGUGGAAAAGAAGGCUUGCCAACGUGAGUAUUCGGGUGUGUCCAGAAGGACGAGUGAAUCGUAGGCUUCCCCUCGUCUGCGCGUCGCGGCGAACAAGCGAACUAGACGUCGAAGAGGAGGCACAAAGGCGGGACGUGCACGAACCAGAUCGCAGGCGUAACAGUUCCACUCCCUUCAACAGCAUGGUGGCCGGGAGGCAGGAGGAGGUGCCCUGGGACCUGUUCGACCGCUGUCUGCUGCCCGUCGUGUUCUCGCACGCCGCGGCCGUCAUCAUCUCGUCCGUGCUGAACCUGCUGUCUGUGUCUCGGGCCUCCACCUUCGCUGUGUUCCUGUGGCUGCUGGUCGCCGUGCUGGCAGCGGUCUUCUUCUACCACAACCUCAAGGUGACGGUGGCCGGCAAGGCGCUGCUCAUCACGGGCUGCGAGUCCCCGCUGGGCUACACUGCGGCCCGGCACCUGGACGAGCUGGGCUUCACGGUGUUCGCGGGCUUCGCGGCGCUGGGGGACCGGUCCCGGCGCCUCAAGGAGGCGGCGUCGGGGCGCCUGCACGUGCUGCAGCUAGACGUGUCCCGGGAAAGCGACGUGCAGGCCGCGCUCCAGUACGUGCUCGCCCACCUGCCGCCCGGUGCCGCGGGCUUGUGGGCCGUGGUGAACAACGCCUCGUGGAGCCCCUUCGGCGAGGUGGAGUGGGUGCCCUUCAGCGUGUACCGGCGAGCCGUGGACGUGAACCUGCUCGGCGUGGUGCGCGUGUCGCAGGCCUUCCUGCCGCUGCUGCGCCGGACCAAGGGGCGCGUCAUCAACAUGGCCAGCAUCCAGGGGCGCAUCCCCUCGCCCUUCAAGUCGGCGCACUGCCUGGUGAAGGCGGCCGUGGAGGCCUUCAGCGAGUGUCUGCGGCUGGAGAUGCGGCGGUGGGGGGUGGACGUCAUCAUCGUGGAGCCGGGCAACUGCACCAGCUGGUCGGGCGUGUCCGACGAGGAGGUGCUGAGCCAGGCGCGCGACAUGUGGCGCGCCAUGAGCGACGAGCUGAGAGCCGAGUACGGCGAGGACUGCUUCGAGCAGCAGGUGCUGCGGCUGAGACACGCCGUCCGGUCCCAGACGAGCGACUGCUCGGCCGUGCUGAGCUCCCUGACUGACGCGGCCAGCCGCACGUUCCCCAUGCCGCGCUACACGCCCGUCACCUGGAGCGAGAAGCUGCAGGCCCUGGUCGCCACGCACCUGCCGCGCUCCGUCUACGACGUGCUCUACACGUAGCCGGUGGAGCUCGCGUGAGGUGGGCAUAACCCACACUCAUGGCCUCCAGCAUUGGUGACAGGCCAUCAACACAACCACACUCGCCCCUAGUCUGCAGAGCGCCCUUCUAGCGAGCUCGCUUCACACAGCCAUGGCAGCUUCCCACGUCGCUGCGCUGCCUGCCGUCCCGCAACCAACCUGUAAUCACUUCUGUGCUUCACAGAGAUACAUGGAAAAUGUACUUUACGUUCUUCCAACUGAUAGCUUUCAUUAAUCUAGCAUUUGUUUAAAAUGUGGCACGCUUCAUGCUCGGAAAUAGCGUCGUACUAGUGCAUGCCUUAUAUCUAGACUGCUACUUGAUGCGACCGUGAAAAGUCAACAUUUACUCUUUGAUUGUACUCAACUGAUUAAAACGCAAGUUAUCUUAGCAAAAUAAUAAAUGUAUUCUGCGAAUAUACAUUAGGAACUGGAUCUUAGUGGCAUGCUUCUAAUAAGCAACAGGUUUCAAACGCUGUGUGACCAAAAAUGUAAUAAUUUUACAUUGCUUUGUGAGAUGCGAAGUUAUGAAUCACAUGUACCUGUGUCAUGUCUUUGAAUGUUACUUCAGUGUAAAAUGUGUGCUAAAAAGGAAUCAUGAAAUAAAUAAAGUAAUGUGGGCCCCCCCA